CAUUACAUCCGUGGCGUUUGACUGAUUUGUUGUUUGUGAGGAGACCGACGGUAACGUUGUGCGUCCCCAGCCGUAGCAGGCUGAACGUACAAAGGCUACGCGACAAUGGGAUAACGUGGAAGUGAACGAGAGCGUCGCGUGGUGAUGCUAGCUACGUCGGCUAGCUAGCUAGCAUGCUAACAGCUAACAACAAUGAGCCGAAUUUGGCGCUCGAGCUGGCGAAAGUUUUAAUGUACAGAGAGGACUGGGCCCCACGCGACUCUAUGUGUUUAGUACACGUGUUGAUGAAAUACACGAGCUGCACCAAGCGGUCGCGUGUUAUUUAGACACGUGCUUUAAGGACAGACCGGAGAAUAGCCCGGUAGCUUUUUGUUUCUUCACUUCAGACAGCGCUGCUGCUCGGUUCAAACAAGCCCUCAGCUCAGCGGGGUCUGACCCGCUAAUACUUCACUUGUCUUUGUGCAAAACAGAAACCACGAGGUGUUGAUCGCAUUUACCGCGUCCACCGGUGUGCGGGAGUCACGCUGACCAGCACAGCUCGUGUGAUUGCUGCCAUAACGCAGACCCGACAGACAGACUAUGUUUGGCUUCCACAAGUCAAAGAUCUACCGGAGUAACGACGGCUGUUGCAUCUGCAAGACCAAGUCCUCCAGCUCACGCUUCACAGACAGCAGUCGAUAUGAGGAGACGUUCGGGCUCUGUUUUGGGCUGUCAGAAGAUCGUGUUGGAGACAUUUGCAAUGCCUGUGUGUUGCUUGUGAAAAGGUGGAAAAAGCUACCUAAUGGCUCCAAGAAGAACUGGAACCACGUGGUGGAUGCCAGGGCCGGGCCAGGCUUCAAGAUGACAAAGCCCAAGAAGAUCAAGAACAGUGAUGGGAAAAGGAAAAGCAAGCUAAAGAAGCUUCACAAAUUAAAGAGACAAACAGACUCAGAUGCCCACAGCACAACCUCCAGUGUGUCUCCGGCACAGUCCCCCAGUUACAGCAACCAGUCAGAUGAUGGCUCAGACAUUGAGUCCAAGCAAAGACGCCCGACUCCCUCCAUCUUCUCUUUCCUGGACCGUUCAUACUGGAAAAGGCAAAAGGUGUGCUGUGGGAUUGUCUAUAAGGGGCGGUUUGGAGAGGUGAUUAUUGAUCCUCGGCUCUUCAAGCCCUGCUGCAGUUCCAAAAAACAGAAGACACUGGUGUCUACGCAAGUGGCCACGCAUCUUCCAGACACACUUCCUCCACAACUCCCAGAAGACAUGAAAGAAACCUGGUGAUGCUUUUGUCUAAUCCACCUGUAGGGUUAUCCAUGGCAUCUACCUGGAUUUGUCUCCAGUGGCAGACCUCUCAUUUCCAACCCACCUUGUUAGAUCAGAUAGUUAGAUGUUUCUUUUCAAUGUAAUGUUCUUUUUUAUAUGGGUAUUUUUUAUCUUUUGUAUAGAGUUGAUUUUCAUUUUUUUAUAGAAAGAAAAAAGAAGAAAAAAAAAAAGCUAUUAUGGGCAUUAGUGUUAUUUAUAGGUUGAGGGAGCACAUUUUGUCGAUGCUCCGUUUCUGAUUUCGAAUUAUUUUUGGUUGUUUUGUAUUAAGUGAUCAAAGUUUUGUAAAUAUUUUGUCACCUUUUCAUACAUAUCAAGUAUGUUCUAUAUUUUUUCAUAAUUUGUCUAAUUGUAAGUGCAUAUGAAAGACACCAGCUUUUCUAAUACCAGCUUUUUUGUGUUUGUUGGAGUGGCUCUCCAACAUGUUGCAACGUUUUUUCUUAGCUGUUUGUGCCAAAUGUGCGACUGCUAGUCUGUAGGAUUUUUAGUACACAAAUGGCUAUUUGUCAUCCCAGGGAUCAUUAGUACAACUGUUCUCUAUGAAUUUUAUGAGCUUUUUUUAGUGUUUGUAUAGAUAACAACACAAAAUCUUUCUGAUAUUUUCACAGCUUAAGCAUGCUACAAGUUUGAAACACUCAAUUUUGAUUUUUCUCAUCAGUUUGUGCACAUUAACAUUGAAAAAUGUGGAUAGACCAUGCAUGCAGUACAUUCCUCCGCUCUUUGGAAUGACAAAAGUGAAUUAUUUAUUUCUUUUGUACAGCCUCCAAUGAAAUGACAAUGCAUGUUGUAAAUCAAAUGUUUUUAAAAUUAAUUGUGUAAAUACAGUCAGUGUUUCUGCUCUUGGUACAUCAAAAUCUUUUUUAAAUUACAGGAAUAGCCAGCUAAUACUUUUGUAAGAAAAUGCUUUUGUGUGGCUGAAAACAUGUACUUUUAGGCUAAACCGGUUAAUAGGUUUUUAUCACAUUGUCACAUCUCAUUUUCUCAGACAUAUUUCUGUAAAGGCAUGCAGAGCUGUAGCUUAUGCUCUGCGGAAAUAUGUGUGAACUGCAGGGAACGAUAGAAGUUAAUGUUCAGAAAUGGAAACUACAGGAAACGUGACCCUUUUUCUACGGUUACUCUACCUUUUUUUUACCAGAGCAAUGCUGUUGCAGAAAAUGUGUUUAUGAUUGCCAUUUCUGUGAUUCAUCUUUAGAAGCAAUUGUCAAAGUUCAAACUAUGCAGACAUUUUGAAUGUGAGAAGUGCUCUGGGGCUGUCUGUCACUUGCUGUUAUAGUGUAAAGUGAUGGACCCUAAUUCAACCAAAUUGGCUUAUUAAAAGCAUCCAUUAUUUCAGCAAUAAGUUAUUAUUUUCCUAAUCAAAAUUCAUCAUUGUCUCAAGAUAUUUCUUCUGUAUGUUAUGUAAAAAAUAAUGAUCAGAUAGCAGCGUUUUAGCCAUUGUGCAUACUGCCUAUCAAAUUAAUACUGUAAUGACACGGUUGCUUUAUUUUUUUUGCAUUACUGUAACCAAUCUCCACCUUCAUGAAUUGACAGGCGAUGCUCUGUAAAGUUGCUUAAUAUAUAAACGUUUCUGCGGCAGGGUAGAUACAUGCUGAACAUGUUUUAUGAUUCUUAUUAAAAGGAGAAAUGCUGCUUCCUUUUAACCUGCGAAAUAAGCUUGUUUUUGUCCUUAGGGAGUUGCCAUAUUGUUUUUGCGAGGUACAUUUUGGGAUGUGAGAUGUGCCUUAAUGAAUUACCUGACCUUGUCAUUAUGAUUAUCAUGUAAUUUAUAUUAUUUAUUGCAAAACCUUUUUUUUUUUAAACUGACAUUUUGAUAACUGGUUGUGGAGCCUUUCAGAAAGUUUGUUUUUAAUUUUGUGCGCUUCCUUUGAACAUGCAAUGUAGAUGUUUUUUUAAUAUGUCUUUGUAUACUGUACGACAAGGUAGAUCUGU